UUAUCAACACUCUUUAUAGCUCAAUACACUUCAACUUCGGUCCUUAUCUUCCAAGUUUCAACUUCCAACUUUUUCUUCUUUCUUUCUUUUCACACACCAACAAUUCUCAAUUCAAUUUCCCCAUUUUUAUUUUCCCUUCACAAUAAUCAAACGAAUCAUUGAUUGAUUACACCUCUAUCAACACUCGACACACAUUUUCUUCUCUCCUCAAUUUCCCAACCCUAGAUUCUCUCCCUUUCUCUCACUUCACCCAUUUUCGAUCGUCGAUUCCCGAAAUUCGCGCAAGUUUUCUUUCCUUUUUUUUUCUAAAAAUGGACUCCGAGGAUGAUAUGCACGAUGCCAACGACAUGGAGUCCCUCGACGAUGAUGAUUUUUACAGCGGUGACACCGAUGAUGCUGCCUUGGACUAUUACAGCGACUACGAUGAUGACGCCGGUGAUUACUUCGACGAUGCCGAUAAGAUUGAGUCUCGUCGCCCUGAGCAAAAUUUUACAAUCUUGAAGGAUUCUGAUAUCCAUGUAAGACAGGAAGAUGACAUUAGUAGAGUUGCAGCUGUUCUUUCUGUGUCAAGAGUUUUUGCUAGCAUACUACUGCGUCACUACAAUUGGAGCGUUAGUAAAGUGCAUGAUGCAUGGUUUGCUGAUGAAGAGCGAGUUCGAAAAGCGGUUGGGUUGUUGGAAAAGCCAGCUGUGCAGAAUCGUAAUGCUAGAGAGCUUACAUGUGGCAUCUGUUUUGAAAACUAUCCUUGUUCUGGUAUUGGAAUGGCUUGUUGUGGUCAUCCAUACUGCUACUCUUGCUGGGAAGGAUAUAUCAGCACGUCCAUUAAUGAUGGCCCUGGAUGUUUGAUGUUGAGAUGUCCCGAACCCACCUGUGGGGCUGCUAUUGGUCAAGAUAUGAUUGAUUUAUUAGCAUGUGAUGAAGAUAAACAAAAGUACAACCGUUACCUUCUUAGAUCUUAUAUUGAAGACAAUAAAAAGUCAAAGUGGUGUCCUGCUCCUGGCUGUGAAUAUGCAGUUACUUAUGAUGCUGGAGGUGGAAAUUAUGAUGUCUCUUGCCUCUGUUCGUAUAGCUUUUGCUGGAAUUGCACCGAGGAGGCUCAUCGUCCAGUAGACUGUGGCACGGUGGUAAAGUGGAUUUUGAAAAACAGUGCAGAGUCUGAAAACAUGAACUGGAUACUUGCUAACUCAAAGCCAUGUCCAAAGUGCAAGCGGCCAAUUGAAAAAAAUCAAGGGUGCAUGCACAUCACGUGCACUCCACCCUGUAAAUUCGAAUUUUGCUGGCUAUGCCUUGGUGCAUGGUCAGAUCAUGGUGAAAGAACCGGCGGAUUUUAUGCUUGCAAUCGUUAUGAAGCAGCAAAGCAAGAAGGAGUGUAUGAUGAUACUGAAAGAAGAAGAGAAAUGGCGAAGAAUUCAUUGGAGAGAUACACACAUUAUUAUGAGCGAUGGGCCAGCAACCAAUCUUCAAGGCAGAAAGCUCUUGCCGAUCUGCAUCAGAUGCAAACUGUUCAUAUUGAGAAGCUUAGUGAUACACAGUGCCAACCUGAGUCACAACUUAAGUUCAUUACUGAGGCUUGGUUGCAGAUAGUUGAGUGUAGGAGAGUGCUGAAAUGGACAUAUGCUUAUGGAUACUAUUUACCUGAGCACGAGCGUGCGAAAAAACCGUUCUUUGAGUACUUGCAAGGUGAAGCAGAAUCUGGUCUAGAGAGACUUCAUCAAUGUGCUGAAAAAGAACUACAGCAGUUCCUCAGUGCCGAAGGCCCAUCUAAAGAAUUCAAUGACUUCCGUACAAAGUUAGCUGGAUUGACUAGUGUGACUAAAAACUACUUCGAGAACUUAGUGAGGGCAUUAGAGAAUGGUUUAGCUGAUGUGGACGGUAAUGGAGCUACCUUCAGCAAAGCAACGAGCUCAAAAAAUGCAGCUGGGAGCAGCAAGGGGAGAGGUGGCAGAGGAAAGGCAGCUUUGCGAACCAGCAGAACGACUGAUGAUAGUCACUGGAGCUGCGACCAUUGUACCUCUAUGAAUAUCAAAUCUGCCACCACAUGCCAGAUUUGCAAUCAGCGUCGAUGAAAAUUUGGGUUCUCUUUUAGAGCCACUUGCUGCGCUGUGGCCACUGCCUUGAAGGCUGAUACGGGGCUAUUACACGUUUUUUAUAUCAUGGCUCCAAUAUGUGAAGAGGAUGAAGGGAUUACGGCAUGGCAUAAAGAUUGCCUUCCUUGCACUCGCCGAAUUUGUUGUUGUACUAUUCUGUGGGUUUUUGUUACUGGCUUUUGUAACUGAAUGUUGUAACAUUAUAGAUGCUGGAGAUGAACACUGAUAUUGGUUGUUUGUGCCCUUGUUUAUUUCGGUUUGUCUGUUGGGAGCUUCUAAGAGAAUCCUAGAGAUAUUUGUGUAUAUAAAUAACCUCAUGGUUUGGUUAUAUUUUUAAAGAUCAUGACAAGGAACGAAAUGAAUUGUAUACCAUAUCAUUUGUAACACCUUUUGUGAACUGUGUUGUUGCUGCCUUCACAACAUGGUAGCUAUUUAGUAA